AUGAAUGUGAAUGAAAGAGAUAAUGCUCCAUUUUGAUUGUAACGAAUACUAACGAAUUGUGGUUAUAUGACAUGAAAAAGUUUUUAUUUAUUUUACUAAAUAACUGUGCAAUCCCAAGUAAUUUAAUCUAUGUAACAUUAUAUUUAUCAUCUACUAUUUUCACUCGUAAUUUUAGUUGUACAGAAUCUUUAAGCAGGAAGAAUAAAUGGAGAAAAAUGAACAGCCAAGCAUGGACAACGAUAAAGGGACCAAGUCAUACAUGCAGUUGCAGAUGGAGAGACUGAAGGUCUUGCAAGCAAAAUUAUCAACAGAAGCAAUCGAAGAUUACGUCAUUAUCAAAGAAGAACGUAGCGGCAAUGAUUCUGAGACAAGCGAAUAUUCAGAGGACUCAGCGGCCUAUGAGGAUGCGCCGGCUGCAGCCAAAGGCAUUGGGGCGCGGAAGAAUAUCAAUAGGGGACGGUGGACUAAGGAGGAGGAUAAAAAGCUAAAAACGUUAGUGAAGCUGUACCACGAGAACUGGGAGAUGAUUGCGGCCGAGUUCGCAGACAGGUCCGACAUACAGUGCCUGCAGCGGUGGUCGAAAGUCGUCAACCCCGACCUAGUCAAGGGUCCAUGGACCAAGGAGGAAGAUGAAAAGGUGAUGGACCUGGUCAAAAGAUACGGGCCAAAGAAAUGGACGCUCAUAGCGCGCCACCUAAAGGGAAGGAUAGGAAAACAGUGCAGAGAACGAUGGCACAACCACCUAAACCCGUCUAUAAAGAAGACGGCGUGGACGGAGCACGAAGACAGAGUUAUUUACCAAGCGCACAAGCAGCUCGGGAACCAGUGGGCUAAGAUAGCUAAGCUGUUGCCUGGCAGGACCGACAACGCAAUAAAGAACCACUGGAACUCGACGAUGCGUCGGAAGUACGAGCCCGACCUCCUCGACAGCUUCGAGUCGCUGCGGCGCAAGCAGGCGCGCGGCAGGCGGGAGGGGACGCCGCAUGCACACGACAAAGUACAAGUCGCUUACAACGAUCAGACCUGGUCAGACCCCUUCAACGAGUCAACACAGAGUAACUCAUCCAACACAAGUCAGCCUGCGUCGAAGCAAGUGUUACACUUCAGACAACUGCUCAAGGAUCAACUGAACAACAUCAGUCUGCAGUCGAGACAGAAGUCGCCGGACAGGGGAGGGCUCGUACCAGCUGAUAUUGAAAUCGUUGAUGCCCCUUUUAAGUUCGUGAACAUAGAAGUACUACCAACGGACUCACAGUUCAGGAAUUACUUACACCAAACUUCAACAGCCAAUGAGAACAAUCAAGAUGCCAUAACAUACGCUGUCCAAGCAGAGAGUAGUAAGGUGAUAGAAGUCCCUUCAGUGUACACGUCGCCUAAGAAGGUCACACAGACUAGCAGCCCGCCGCCCAUACUCAGGCGGAAACCCAAGAAGUCACAGAGUACCACGAAUAAUUCGUGGCCGGAGUCCAUCCCGAAGUCCCUGGAGGCCCGCUCAGCCGGCGUGACCCCCAUCAAGGCGCUCCCCUUCAGUCCGUCGCAGUUCCUCAACUCUCCCGCCGCCAUCUCCUUCGCCGCGCUCGACUCCACGCCGCUCAGGCAUGCUGCUAAGGAAUGGAGUGCGAGUCCUUUACUGCAGACGCCGACGCCCGCGCAUGUCACUCCGGGCGGACCCGCUGCACUCAAGGGAACCACUCCUAAAACCCCGACACCCUUCAAGAUCGCGAUGGCGGAAAUCGGCAAGAAGUCCGGUCUGCACUACGAGCCGUCCAGCCCGGGACUGCUCGUCGAGGACAUCACUAUGAUGAUGAAGAGAGAGAACUCUGAUAGUACUGUGCAGCUGAACGAUUCCAUGCUGUCAUCAACAGCUGAUGGCCCGGAGAAUGCGAGUGUACAGCAGGUGAACGACUCGGGCAUCGGCAGCCUGAAGCGUCGCUCGUCGGUGUGCGGCAAGGAGAACGUGUCGGUGGGCCACAAGCGCGCGCGCAAGGCGCUGGCCAGCAGCUGGGGCGCCGUCACCAGCACGCCGCACGCCGGCCGCGCCGCGCUCGUGCCCGACCUCACCUACAUCGAGACGCCGAGCAAAACCUUAGCCGGCGACAGCUCGGUAAUGUUCUCACCGCCAUCCAUCGUCAAAAACUCGCUAAUGGAAGAAUCGACAAGCCUACACUCCCUCAUCAGCGCCGAAAAUACGCCAGAAACAAGCAAAUACGAAGACAUAGACAUUGAGGCAGUCAUCACUGAGAAAACAAAGGUGAUUCGAGGCAACAAUGAUCCUAUAAUCGUUAAGAAAUCUGCUGUUCGCUCUAUCAAGUUCGACCAGGAUCUGUCUGAGAUGCAGGACGAGAGUGAGAAAACGUCGCCUUUUAUAAUGGGCUCCUACAAAUGGCAAACAUUUGCUUGUGGCAUGACGCAAGAUCAACUGGACCUUACGCAGUUAGCUCAUCAGUAUAUGAGGAAAACGGCUUUAAAACCGAGAUCACUUAACUUUCUAUAGCUGAGUUUUAUGUCCCGAACUAUACAAGCAACAUAAAAGUCCUAAAACCUAAACUAUAGGGUUUCAAGCACAUCUUUGAGUACCGAAUUGAUUUUUUUAUGGUUCUCUCCUUUUCUGCCAGUCGGAAUCUUCAUUAACCUGAGCGAGAUAAAGAUGAAAGCUGACAUUCUAUACCGCUGCAUUAUCGCACUCUUUUUUCUCACGCUCUAAUUAAGCGAUGAUACCUUGCGAUAGAAAAGGAUAGAAACAAAAAAAACAUGAUUCGUUGCUGUUAGAUGUGGCAUAACCAAGCUGCUUAAGUAAAUUGGACCAUAAGUUUAAUGGCAUAAUGCUAAAAUAUGUUUGCGAUUGAGUGUUCGGUUGUAAAAUAUGUUUAAGUUUAUUUGUGGUUUUGGUAGUUUUAUCUUUCUGCUAGUUUUAAUCGUGGCCUUUGGACUGGUAUCCGAAUCAUGCUUUUUGAUUUUUUUAUUCUUUAUAACAAAACAUCUAUAAGUAUUGAUCAUGCGAAUCCUUUAUUUUUCAGACACAUUAAUCUAUAAUUCAUUUAAUUUCCAAUCAAAAUAAAACUCGACUACACUCCAAUCUAAAACUGAAAUAUAUCAGUCGUUUCUUUAUUCAAUAACUGUUUGUAUUAAACGCUCCUUGAUAACCUUUUUUAAUAAAGUAUAUUUAAAAAAGUCAUUCUCAGUAAUUUGUUCAUAUUAAAUCAUUCAUCAUUAAAAUAGUUCAAUCCUAAUAAUUUCACUGUCAAUAGGCCACGAUCUAAAAAGUAGAAUACAACGCAGUCGCACGUACGCUUAUUAAUAUAGAAUACUUUAGAUAAUAUCGUUUAAGCAUUAAACAUAAGAGUUGUAAAUAAAAACAGUGUGAUUCUAGUAUAUAAGUAUAAUUAUGUACGAAUUGUCUAGAAAGUUAUGUAAUGAGAAAAUAUAAAAUUAUAGGUCAAUGUUAGUAUGUUUCAUUAUUUUAAACUAUAUGAUUUCUGGAGGCAUUUCUCUUAAAAAAAUAUUGCUAUUGUAAAGCGUGACACGGCGUAGAGCGCUGUCCCUCUUCCACGCAUGCAAUGAUGUUACAUUAAAAAGAGAUAGGUAUACUAGUUACAUUAAUAUCUUGUGAAUUUAAGCUUAAUUUUAGUAUGUUUUUUUUUGUGUGUACGUUUGCACGUUUCAUAGAUUUUUUUUAUGUUAAUUUACUUCACUGUCUUGUCCUUACUAUUUUUUUGUAAAAUGUGUGAAAACAUGAAAAUAUUUUAUUAUCAUCAUCUUAUCUUCUAAGCCUAGUUUAAACGGGAUUUAAAACUAAAUUAUGUUAAAAAUUAGAUUAUUUUAUGGCUAAUUGGUUACAAUUCGUUAAGUCAAAGUAUGUAUGAAAGUAAUUUUCGAUUUUAUUUCGAAGAGAUCCGUUUUUUUAAAUUAUAUCUGAGUUGGCUCGUUUGCUUCGUGUGAUUUUUUUCCCUUUUUCUAUCCGAGACUUAAACUAGAAAAAAUAUUCGGAACGAAUACAUUAAUGUAUUGAUCCUAGUAAUAUUUGAAAUACAGCUUCUAUGCUUCUGCAAAAUCUUCAACAAAUGGGUUUAUUUCUCAAAACUUUGGUUAAGUGUAAGUCGGGCUCAUGACAUCGAGUUACCAUGCAAAUAGGUAAAAAAAAAAACACGCAUCCUGAUAAGCCCGGUUUCAAUUUAAAAGUUGUUAUUACAAAAAUAAAUUAUCUGCGUUUUCUCGAUUCGCGACAUACAGUCUGCUGACAGAUAGACGGACAUGGAGCCUAAGUAAUGAUUAGGGCCUUCUUAAAAAUGAACCUGCCCUACCCAUCAUCAGGAUAUAACAUAAUUUAUGAUACGGCCAUUUUUUUGGAAAACUUGGUUUAUAUUUCAGAUUAAGUUGUCUAUUCAGUAGCUCAGAAGCCGUACUCCGAAUAUGGACCAGAAUAGGUCUAAAAAGUUGGGUGCAUCAACCAGUACCGCCUCAUUUUUUCUAGUUGGUGUCUAAACCUUUAAGAAUUAAUAUAGUCUAAUGUAAUUUGAAAGAGUACAAAUGUAGGGUUAAGUAAAACUCAAUUAUGUAUAUCUAACACCGUGGGUGAGUUAUAGUAGCUCUAUAGAUUAAUAAGAUUGUAAUUGCUUUUAUUUGUAUUUUAGAUUUUUUAUAUAGAAAAUAAUAAUUAUGAGAAUGUUUAAUAGUUCAUUAUAGAGUCAAUUUGUGUAGUUUAAAUUAGGUUUAGCUGUCUUUUUUAGUUUGAAAACAAAUGGAACGGAAAUUCAACACUGCUGACAGAAUUAAACUAAAGUUAAGUUAUUAAAAAACUAAAUUAAAAAAAAAACGGUUUGAAAUGGCUUUUAUUUAAGUGUUAGUAGGAGUUGUUACACGAACUUGUGCUUAAGCCCUUUGUCAACGCGGCAUCGCAAGUCUUCUCUGCCUGUUUACACAACGAUUUAUUGUCCAAGGUUCUACCAAUACGAAACUUAUACAGAAUGUGUUUGUUUAGAGUGUAACUAAGACGGGUGUAGGAAGCUUGCAAUACCUUGUAUACGAUGGGCGUUAAAAAGCUACAAAGGUGUAGGAAUAAGCUUUUAUAGCCGGUAUUCAAAAUAACACAGAUGGAAGUCACACUACGAUGUUACACUGUCUUUGUCACUCUCCUAAAGUAUGAUAAAGACAGCAUGACCUUCUUGCGUGACUCUCGUUAGUGUCGAACUUGGAUACAGGCGUAAGAGUAUUCUCUAAGCUUUGCUGGGACCAAGGUUUAUUCGUAGAUUUUGUCAAUUUAAUGGCUGCCAAUUUACCCUAAAAAUUGUGGUUUUAUUAACAAAAAUAAAUAGAAUCUUGUAAAAAUCGAUGUGCGAUUUACUGUCUUAGUUUUGUAACUCUUCAGAACAAUUUAGGCAUAUUUUAGCUAAUGUUUAAGUUUUGUAUAAUAUUUAAAAUUUAAGAGGCAAUAUUUAUACGAAUUAUGUUAAAACAUAUUUUAUUGUACGUUUUUUAUUUUGAUGUCUAUUAAUUUAUAUUUCCUUUAUUCGGAAUUUCUAACGGCUGCUCAACUGAUUUUAAUAAUGAAAUGUCAUUUAAUAAUCCUGUCAAAAUAUCGAAGCACUCUGUACAUUGAAUUGUGAUAAAGAACUUGCAUAUUCAUGUUUCUUACUAAUUUAAGCAUGUGAAAUCUUUUCUACCGAAAAAAAUGUAACAGAAUCCGAUUAACUGAGUAACUAUCUAUAUGUUGGACAAACAAUCUUAGUUUUGCAGCUGACAGUGGCGCUAGUGUAGCUGUCAACACCACAACAACUGUCACUUUGACGUCUAAAAUGUUCAGGUAAAUAUUUAGUUCCAAUUUUCGCCACCGGAACGAAUAAGUUUGUAAUGUCUAAAUAAGUUUGAACAGUCUAGUUGAUAAGUGAUUGCCAUUUUUAUUUUAUACAAAGACUUGGAUAGUGUUUUUAUUUUGUGACAACGAUUAUAUUGUUCUAGUUUGUACAUAGCACGUAGAUAAUGUUUGUAAGUAUAUUAUUAUGGAUGUUUAAUUAAGAAAUAAAUGGUUUUAUAGAAAA